AUGUCGGAUUUCCCGCGCACCUUUUUCGACAUCACCAUCGACAACAAGCCCAUCGGCCGCGUGAUCUUCGAGCUCUACACGGAUGUCACGCCCAAGACGGCCGAGAACUUCCGUGCGCUGUGCACCGGCGAGAAGGGCAUCAGCAAGCUCUCCGGCAAGCCCCUCCACUUGCGUGGCUCGUGCUUCCACCGCAUCAUCAAGGGCUUCAUGAUCCAGUCGAUCUACGGGCGCACGUUCAACGACGAGAACUUCAAGCGCAAGCACACCGAGCCCUUCCUGCUCUCCAUGGCCAACGCCGGUCCCAACACCAACGGCUCCCAGUUCUUCAUCACCACCGUGUCCACGCCCCACUUGGACGGCAAGCACGUGGUGUUUGGCCGCGUGAUUGCGGGUCAGGAGGUGAUCAAGAUCGUGGAGAACGAGCUCACCGACAAGAGCGACAAGCCCUUCUCCUACGUGUCCAUCGCCAACUGCGGCGAGCUCAUCAAGAAGUCCGCCGUCGCCAAGGCCGCGCAGAGCGGGACGGCGGCGACGGAGGGCAAGCCCGCCGACGAACAGGCCCUGGCGGAGACUUCCGCCGGCGGCGCUGCCGCCAAGAAGAAGUCCAAGAAGAAGCGCUCCCGCUCCGACUCUGAGUCAGAGUCGGCGUCGGGCUCGUCGGAUUCCGAGUCGGAGAGCUCGUCGUCGUCGUCGGAGAGCGAGCGCGAGAAGCGGAGGCGCAAGAAGAAGGAGAAGAAGAGGAAGAGGAAGGAGCGAAGGCGGAGGAGGCGCGAAGAGCGAAAGCGAAAGAAGAAGAGCCGAAGGAGGAGCAGCUCCGAUUCCGAUUCCGAGUCCGACCACAGCUCCGACGACGACCGCGACGAUGACGAGAAGAAGGCGAGGAAGCCCGACGACGACAAGAAGGAGGUGAAGGACGAGAAGCGCGAUGGCGAUGACGUCGACAAGAAGGACGACGACCGUAUGAAGGAGGAGCCGAAGGAGGAGAAGAAGGAGAAGCGGAAGCGAGCGGACGACAGCGAUGACGAGGCGGACAGGAAGGCGCGGGACAGGGACAGGAGGAGCCGGAGGAAGAGCCGGAGGAGUCGAAGCCGCAGCCGCAGCAGCAGCGACAGCGAUAGCAGCAGGAGCCGCAGCCGAAGCAAGAGCAAGGAGCGCGAUGCCAAGGACAAGAGUCCCGUGCCCGAACGCGACAGGAGGGACGGCGAUGGCCGCAACAUCAAGGGCCGCGGCGGCGUCAAAUACCGCGCCCGCCACACCAACCGCCCCUACAACCCGCGCGAUCGAUACAACGCGUGGGACCGCGAGAGGAUCGGGCAGGACCGCGACGCCUACGACCACCGCUCCUCGGACUACGGUCGCGACCGCCGCAGCGACACCCGGAGAGGCUACAACGACCGCGACCGCGACUACCGCCGUGACGACUACCAGGAUCGCUCCAGAUACGGGGGCAGCAUCGCCGACCUGGACGGCAACUCGCGGGACGACAUCUCGGCCGCCGCCGUGUCCCGACGCGACGCCCGGGAGCGCGGGCGCGACGCCAGGAAGGGCUCUCGCUCGCCCCUCACCCCCACAGCCGCCACCACCAACGGCGAUCACGACGAACCGGCGGCGGCCGACAAGGCGUCGCCUGCGCGGAGGGUCAAACGCCGUGCUCGGAAGCACCUCGAACACGUCCGCCCGUAUGAGCUGCCGCAGGCUGUCCUGGUGCUCCAGUUGCUCUCCGAGUAG